GCACCUUCUCAUUGGAAGGCUGGAGCUACGAGUCGGUGCUGAGAAUAAAAUCUGUUUUACAAAUAUUCAACGUAUACUCCAAAAGACAUACUUUACAUUGCAAUGAAGCUGGUGACUGUGUCUGCACUUCUUUGUGCAAUGAUCACUCUGAUCGUUGCUGCUGAAGAAGGUGCGAAAGAGGAAAGGUCAUCAGAAGAACAUCUUGUUGAGAAGAGAGGGUGGCUUUGGUACAGCCAUCACGGUUGGUAUAAGUAUGGCAAGAGAUACUACCGCUAUUUUCCCUAUCGUUUGGAUUGGGCUCAUGCUCAGAGAUACUGUCAGUCUAUGCGUGCAAACCUGGCAUCUGUACGCAACCUCAGAGAGUACCGGGUGAUUCAAAGUGUCAUAUAUCGUGCCACUCACGGUUACCCAACUACAUGGAUUGGAGGCUCUGACGCUCAGAGGGAGCGUUAUUGGUUUUGGGCCGAUGGAACUCCUUUCAGUUUUACGUACUGGUGUCGUGGAGAGCCUAACAAUGUUCGCCGCAGAGAGCACUGCCUGCACAUGAACUUUUCAAGAUACAACUGCAUGAACGAUAUCUACUGUCAAUACCGAUACCCAUAUGUCUGCGUCUGGAAAAGAAGAUAAUUCCUGGCAUGAUGGCAUGGUUGACUGGACAAAGAAGCAAAUGAUCUCAUAUAUCCCCCUUGAAAAAUCCCAUUUUACAUCUUUACUUCUUUUUCUUUGCUGUAACGCUAUAUAAGGAACGACACGACAAGUGACAUAAAGUGGAGUUUGGUUUUCUCUUUCAAUAGGAGCAAACUGAAUGUGCAAUGGAAAGAAUGCUUUUAGUAAAUCUUUAUUUUCCCGAAUGAACUUUUUUCAUCUUCAUGAUUAAAAUCUCAAGCAUUGAA